AUGCUUUUACGACUGUUGUCAACUACUCAGACUGGCACCAUUUUAAAGAAACUUCCGCGUGGAAGUCUUUCACAGAUUCGUACAGCGUACAAAUACGUUGCUGAAACAGCUGAAUCUGAUGGAUCACUUCUAGGUGACUUUCGAAAAGGCAUGCACUUCAUGUUCAUGACAGAAUUGAUUAGAGGUAUGGGUAUAAUUAUGGGACAUUACUUCAUGGAGCCAGCAACAAUAAAUUAUCCUUUCGAAAAAGGGCCUCUAAGUUCUCGUUUUCGCGGUGAGCAUGCACUUCGACGCUAUCCAUCCGGAGAGGAACGAUGUAUAGCAUGCAAGCUUUGCGAAGCCAUUUGUCCAGCACAGGCUAUAACUAUUGAAGCUGAGGCAAGGCCUGAUGGAAGUCGUCGAACAACACGUUAUGAUAUUGAUAUGUCAAAAUGUAUCUAUUGUGGAUAUUGUCAGGAAGCAUGUCCAGUUGACGCCAUUGUAGAGGGUCCCAAUUUUGAAUUUGUGACAGAAACACAUGAAGAAAUGUUAUACAACAAAGAGAAACUUUUGUUGAAUGGUGAUCGUUGGGAGCCGGAAUUGGCAGCUAAUCUUCAGGCUGAGUAUCUGUAUCGUUAA